AUGGCUGUGAGUGCGGUUCACCUGGAGUCUGACGCCUUCCUGGUGUGUAUGAAUCACGCGUUGAGCACCGAGAAAGAGGAGGUGAUGGGUUUGUGUAUCGGAGAGGUGGAGGUCACUCGUAUCGUCCACAUCCACUCUGUUAUCAUUCUCCGCCGCUCCGACAAGAGGAAGGACCGGGUGGAGAUCUCUCCUGAGCAGCUGUCCGCGGCGUCCACGGAGGCGGAGAGACUGGCCGACAUUACCGGCAAACCCAUGCGGGUGGUGGGCUGGUACCACUCCCACCCACACAUCACCGUCUGGCCGUCACACGUCGACGUGAGGACCCAGGCCAUGUACCAGAUGCUGGACCAGUGCUUCGUGGGCCUCAUCUUCUCCUGCUUCAUCGAGGACAAGAACACGAAGACGGGUCGCGUGCUCUACACCUGCUUCCAGUCCGUGCAGGCGCAGAAAGGCUCCGAGUACGAGCGCGUGGAGAUCCCGAUACACGUCGUGCCUCGCGAAGCCAUCGGGAAAGUGUGUCUCGAAUCCGCCGUGGAGCUUCCACGCAUCUUGUGUCAGGAGGAGCAGGACACCUAUCGCAAGAUCCACAGCCUGGCGCACCUGGACCCCGUCACGAAGAUCCACAACGGGUCGGUGUUCACGAAGAACCUGUGUAGCCAGAUGUCCGCGGUGAGUGGGCCGCUGCUGCAGUGGCUGGAGGACCGACUGGAGCAGAACAAGCAGAGCAUCGUGGAACUGCAGCGGGAGAAGGAGAGGCUGCUGCAGGAACUGGCCACUCUGUGA